AUGGGAUCUAACUGUUCAAAUUGCAGAUAAUGCUAAAAGGAUAAGCAAGAAUUGUUAUAUGAAAUAAAUAUAACUAAAAAAACGGAAAGUAAUAGAAAUGGAAUAUCUAUGAUUUCCCAGCCAUCCCAAGCCUCAAGUCAUUCGAAUAAAACAUAAACAAAAUAAAACUAUUCAAAGGAUAAUAAAGAAUUCCAAUAUCAAGAUGAACAUCAAUAAGAAUUAUUGUUGGCUAAUAUGGCGAUUGUUAUCUAAAAAAAAUGGAAGGGACAUAAGGCCAGAUAAAAUUUACAAGAAAUGAAGUCUGGCAAUAAUGAUGCUAAUAAAAAGGAUGAAGAAGAAACGAUUUAAAGCAAAUAAAGAAAGAAGAUGCAGAAAUAUUUCAAUUCAGAAGAAUAUGGAGGUAAUUAAAAGUUAAAUCAAAUAGAUGUAAAUCCUAAUAAUACAAUUCGAGACAAAAGACCGAAAUAUUAGUUUAAGAGUGGAGCCUCUUAUGAAGGCGAAUGGUUGGGUAAUAAGAGAGACGGGGAAGGAACUUAAAUUUGGCCAGACGGAGCAAAGUAUGAAGGAUCAUGGCAAGAUAAUAAAGCAUGUGGGAUAGGAACCUUUUAUCAUGUAGAUGGAGAUACGUAUACUGGAGAAUGGGAUAACGAUUAGGCUAAUGGCUUUGGUGUUUAUAGGUAAUCUAGCGGAGCAAUUUAUGAAGGCUAUUGGUAAAGUGAUUUUUAGCAUGGAUAAGGGGAAGAAAAGUGGAUUGAUAAUUCAAGUUACAGAGGAGAAUAUUUUUAAGGGAAGAAACAAGGUAAAGGUUUAUAUACCUGGCCAGAUGGAAGCUAUUUUGAAGGAACGUGGUUUGAUAACAAAAUUAAUGGAUAAGGAGAAUAUACAUGGGCUGAUGGAAGAAAGUAUAAGGGUAAUUGGAGGUAUAAUAAAAUGCAUGGUUACGGUGUCUAUUAGUGGGCAGAUGGAAGAUCCUAUCAUGGUGAAUACUAAGAGGAUAAAAAACAUGGAAGGGGUAAAUAUUUCUGGCCAGAUGGAAGGAUAUUUGAAGGGGAAUGGGUAAAUGGUAAAUAACAUGGAAAAGGCAAAUAUAUCAUGGCUGAUGGUUAGAUAAAAUCUGGGUUAUGGGAGGAUGGAAAAAGAAUUAGGUGGGAAGACAGAUGA